AUUCUCUUUAGCCUGAUAUUAGAGUUGUUUUAUGUUUAACACGGCUCUGCAGACUGGUGUCAGCUCUUUUUCGGGACUGAAUAUAUAACAGAACAUACAGUGUGUUGUAGUUUGAGAGUUUUUGUAGAUAAAUCUCGUGUUAUUUGAGUUUAAUGCACUUUAUUAGCUCUGCUCGUGAGCUCUCCUCAGCGCUGCAACAAUAAACCGAGGAGAAGUUGAAGCAGUCCUCCACAACAUCCGGGCAUUCCACCGCUCGCGCAGAAUCGGAAUGGCGGAGGUAAGUCGGCGGAGGGCUGUUGGGGAGGAAGAAGGCGACUGAAAAAGCGAGUCGAGCCGCGGCGCGUUUACCGGCGUUUACCGCUCGAGACGACGGCUCGGGACGCUGCCGGUGAGACCGGGCGGUCAGAAAGGAGCAUAAUGCGCCGCCGUCCACACAAAUGAGGAAGUUGUGAAGGGUGUGCUCUUAUGUCCGUCUCUCUCUCUCUCUCUCUCUCUCUCUCUCUCCGUGUGUGUGUGGAAGGAUCGUUGCUCUCUGAGCUCCGUGGAGAGAAAAACACUCGCUCACGCUCCGCGGCGCGCCGGUGGUGCUGAAGUGUGAGCUGAAAGACGUGGUGAAGUGAAGGAAGAGCCGCGGGGAGAGCGUGUCAGCGGCUCUCCGCUCCUCCACGCUCCCCCACCGCCACUUUAAAACUAUUUCCUCCUCCUCCUCACACCGGCGGAGAGUGUGCCGACCGUUCAGCACCCAGAGAGCAGGAAAGCGCCCUGCUCAGCUCCUCCACUCUUCCCUGAAGAAGACUCCUCCACUCCUCACUCACAAACUCUCUCCAAACUCUCCGAAAAGAGCUUUUUACUCCAAACCUGAGGAAACUGAACCGAAACAGAGCCCCAGCAGCAGCAGCAGAUCUACAGCUGUACCAGUCUGUGCGGAUGGGCUCCACAGAUCGACGCCAAGGCCUAGCACAAGUACUUUGCCUUGGCUAUGCUGCACCUCUGGAGCUGUCUCCUCAAACAUCCACACACUUAGAGGAGCAGCAGAACAUCCUGGGGGCUUGGAAGUCACAGCCUGAGAAGAUGGCUGCGCGACCCCAUUCGGGUGGUGAAAUGCCCCUAGAGGAGCUGCUGGCCCUGUACGGUUACGACAUGUCCAACCCUGUCCUGCAGCAGCACCGGCAGCCCAGCGAGACGGCAGCCACACUGCCAGAAACUUCAAUAAACAAGAUCGCCAAGGGUUUGUUCUCAGGAGGGGAGGACGAGGACACUCGGUCGUCUGCAGAUGACCUCAAAACCUUGGUCACGUCCCAUUCUUCUGAUCUGUUACGAUGCCACUUAAUAGACAAAGACACAGCAGUCAGCUCCUCAGAUGAAGACUCGGACAGUAACAUUCCACCUAAUGACGGACGCAAGGACAUCAUGGUAGGUCCUCAGUACCAAGCGGUCAUCCCCCCUCUCGGCUCCUACACGUGCUACGAUAAAGCCUAUGAUGGCGAGGACCAGUUAUUAUGGACACCAGACGUGAUGUCUUCUACAGCAGUGGAGGAGUUCCUACUGCAUGUCCAGAGGCAAGCUGGACAGGACGGGGCUGUAGACACCCUGACGUCAGGAGAGCAAGUCAAAGAUAAUGAACAGGCACUGUAUGAACUAGUGAAAUGUAACUUCAAUUCAGAAGAGGCUCUGAGGAGACUGCGAUUCAAUGUGAAGGUUUUUAGUGAGGAACUUUGUGCUUGGAGUGAGGAGGAAUGUCGAAACUUUGAGCACGGAUAUCGAGUCCAUGGGAAGAACUUUCAUCUCAUACAAGGAAACAAGGUCCGUACACGCUCGGUGGGGGAGUGUGUGGAGUACUACUACAUGUGGAAAAAGUCAGAGCGGCAUGAGUACUUCACCCAGCAGUCCACCAAACUGGGACGCAGAAAGUACACUCUCCAGUCAGGAAAUAUGGAGGACGUCGAGGCAGAUGGAGAUCAUAGUGAAGUGGAUGGUUCAAGCCUGAAAAUCCGCCCUCCCUCACCCCCUCCAGUCCUGCAGGUGGAACAGACAGAGGAGGCGAGCCUGAGGUUCACUGCUCAGGUGCAGGGUCGACCGAGAAGGAGACGGACACCCCGCUUUCUCCUAAAGCCUUGAGCUCACUGCACACUGACCACACUAUACCGUUCAGAGCACCCAGGUGCUGAGUUGGAAAUCAGGGCGCUGGAGCUGUGCGCAGGUCCUCACUCCAGCCUGCAGAGGGAGCCGUUGUACGGCUCUUUUUCGCCUCUCCUGCCUUUACAGGAGCUCCAGAGACCCGUUUUGGACUGUCUUG